GCCUCCACCACUCUAGUCAAGUCAGUUACAGUUGUGUGUCCAGCCACGCCGCACGCACACACACGCACCUCACACGCGCGUGCACUCACAGACACACACGCGCACCUCGCCACACUCAACAGAGGUCCAAGCAGUGAUCACUGAGGGACUCCACCCGUCACCUCUGCCCUUCUGCUCUCCAGACAGGAGUUACCAGCACCAUCACCAUGCGUGACGUCACUACCACCACUACCACCAUCCUCACCAUCUUCAUCACUACCCAUCAGCUCCUGCAACCAGUACAGUCAGCUGAGAUGGUGGACAUCUGGGGAAUAGAGUUCUGCAGAACCUCACUCUGUGGCAUCAUGCCCCCGGCACGCUGGCAAUAUUGUUGCUCCAACUACCACCGCUGCUGCGCCUACGUUGAGUAUGCCAGCAAUCUGGGCCCAUUCACGUUUGGAGAAGCAAAAAUAAAUUUGCCAUACCCACUGCCAAGUCCACGGAAGCCUUCAGAGGCUCCGCGGAAGCCUUCAGAGGCUCCACGGAAGCCUUCAGAGGCUCCACGGAAGCCUUCAGAGGCUCCGCGGAAGCCUUCAGAAACUCCAAGAAAGUCUUCAACGACUCCACAGGAGGCUUCAGACAUUUCAGCUUCAGAAAACCAUCAGCCCUCUAGGUCUCUUCCUCUUCAAGAAGUCUCAAAACCACACGUGCAGGCGGACCAGCCCCAGACCAAUCCCCAGACCAGACUCCAGACCAGAGCCCACGCCAAACCACAACCCAGACUCCAAACCAAGCCGCGAACCUGGUAUCAUCAUCCCCCGAGUUAUUCUCUGGUCAAGCCUGGGUCAGCGGGUCCCGGCCAGCCUCCAAGAAGCUACAACGAUGUAUUGAGGAAGGAGGAUGAGAAGCUGUGUCGAGCCAAGUUCUGCAGUCUGCUGAGUGCUGAGAAACACAGACGCUGCUGUGAUGUUUACCGUCAGUGUUGCGCCUACGCGAACCUCUCCCGCUACAACGAUCCGUUCUACUUCGACAAGAACAUGGGAGGGUAUUAGCCGUCCUGGCGGACUCCUCUCAUGAGACUCUUACGUUGUUACCAGUUAACCUCCCAUCCAACCAUCAGUCAGCCAUCAUCCACAACAGCCAACCAGCCUCUCAACCUUUCAGCCAACCAGCCUCUCAGCAAAUAAGCCUCUAAGCGUAAAAAAAAAAGCUUCUCAGCCAACCAAUCACCUGAGUUACCAAAAUCAGCCACGAUCCACCAUCUCUGUUAUCCGUCCUUACAACCAAUAGAAGAAGUCGCCAUUGUGUCAGAAGGUGGCCCUGCUGUGUCAGGUGGUAGCCUGCUGUGCCACAAGGUGGCCCUGCUGUGUCAGGUGGUGUCCCUGCUGUGCCACAAGGUGGCACUGCUGUACACUACCUGAAAUGUAAAAAUAACUGUUAUUAUUCUCUCAAUCCCGCUGUCUUGCCUUAAAAUUGCAGAAAUUAGAGCAUUUAAUUUUAUGCCUUACAUGAUACAUUCAAGUGAGCACAGGAUUCACCUUUGUUUAUUUUACACUAAAACUUAAUUUCCAAACUUCAACUAAUGUGACAUUGUGGCAGCGUCUCUCUUUCCAGGAGCACCUGAAGAGCGAAACAUUGCCACACUGCCACAUUCGUUGCACACAUUUCCCUCUGCCUAACAUACUGUCGGUAAUUCUACCUUUUAUUACUAAUUUAUCUUAUUGAAAUUGAUGUAUCGGAGCUUAAUCCCAUCCACCGUAUACAUACAAGCUGUCCAGUGCCACUAUGUCCUACAGAAUCCCAAUAUUUUUUUUAGAUCUCAGAAUCACCGUGCAGUGCUGUAUGAUCAUUAUGGGUUUUAGCGCUUAGUUUUGAUCAUUAUAAUAAUCAGAAUGAUGAAUAUCAUGCGUAUGUUCAGUGUUCUAUCCAUGCUGGAUAAAAUGCGCAACACGUGAGUAUCUUUAUUGCCAAGAAGAUAGUUCUGUUCGCCAGGUUUCAAGAGAGCGUAGGUUCAGGGUUCUCAGUCUUCAUAUGGCGGAUUCCUUUCACGGGGGAAGUGCCUUGAUGCUGGUGAGGGUCCGUUCUCUUCUUUCUGGGAUCAAAGCCUAUUACCUUGCAUUCCCUAAGCGCUGUUUUGACCCCCCCCCCUUCCCUGCGAGUUUAGCGCUUCUCUCUAAAUAUAAUAAUUAUAAAAAUAAUUCUAAUGUUAAUUGUGGUUACUACUACUAUAGUGGUACUAUUCCUAAUAUUAUUACGACUGCCAUCUCUAGUAUUACCACUAACAUUACUAUUACCUCUACUACUACUAUUACUACCACCACUACUACCACAACAGCUACUUACUACUAUAACUACUAUUACCAUUACUACCACAAUAGCUACUUACUACUGCCUCUGCUACUAUUACAGCUAUCAUGACUACCACUAAUACUACUAUUAUUGCUAUUAUCGCUACUAUUUCUGUACCACCACCAGUAAUACUAUUACAGAUACUACAACUAUUACAAUUACCACCACAAUUCUAAUUUUCCUACCAUUGUUAAGAGUAAGCAAAUAUAUCAUUUUUAGUGAGAAAAUUCCUAUAAGGUUGUGCUUCAGAAUGUGUUGUCAAGACAUGUCUUAAAUACAGUACAAAAUAUAUAUGUAUAUUUGAGCUUA